ACCACCCCUCCACCCUCUUAAUAGGAAGGUCGGGCAACCUGGGUGGGUGCUUCCCACCAGCAGGAUGGAGGACGAGGGCCCUCAGUGCGGCAAACCCGACUUUGUGCUUUUAGACCAAGUGACCAUGGAGGACUUCAUGGAAAACCUGAAGCUCAGGUUCAAGAAGGACCACAUUUACACCUACAUCGGUGAGGUGCUGGUGUCUGUGAACCCCUACCAGGAGCUGCCCCUGUACGGGCCCGAGGCCAUUGCCAGGUACCAGGGCCGUGAGCUCUAUGAGCGACCGCCCCACCUCUACGCUGUGGCCAAUGCUGCGUAUAGGGCAAUGAAGCUCCGGUCCAGGGACACCUGCAUUGUGAUCUCAGGGGAGAGUGGAGCUGGGAAGACAGAAGCCAGCAAGCACAUCAUGCAGUACAUCGCUGCAGUCACCAACCCCAGCCAAAAGGCUGAGGUGGAGAGGGUUAAGGACGUGCUGCUCAAGUCCACCUGUGUGCUGGAGGCCUUUGGCAAUGCUCGCACCAACCGAAACUACAACUCCAGCCGCUUCGGCAAGUACAUGGACAUCAACUUUGACUUCAAAGGAGACCCUGUCGGUGGUCACAUCCACAGCUACCUGCUGGAGAAGUCUCGGGUCCUCAAGCAACAUGUGGGCGAAAGGAACUUCCAUGCCUUCUACCAGGUGCUGUGGGGCUGUGACGACAAGGAGCUUCAGGAGCUGCACCUGCAGAGGAACCCUGCGCUGUACAAUCUCACACGCCAGGGGGCAGGACUCAGUGCCUCAGACAGCGAUGAGAGAAGCCACCACCAGGCAGUGACAGAGGCCAUGAGGGUGAUCGGCUUCAGUCCUGAGGAGGUGGGCUCCGUGUAUCGGAUCCUGGCUGCCAUCCUGCACCUGGGAAACAUGGAGUUUGUGGAGACAGAGGCCGGCGGGCUGGAGCAAGGACACCUAGCUGUGGCUGAGGAAGUGCUGGUGAACCACGUGGCUGAGCUGAUGGCCACGCCCCGCAAGCUUCUGCUGCGCUCCCUGCUGGCCCGCACAGUGGCCUCUGGAGGCAGGGAGCUCAUUGAAAAAGGACACUCUGCAGCUGAGGCCAGCUAUGCCCGGGAUGCCUGUGCCAAGGCAGUGUACCAGCGGCUGUUUGAGUGGGUGGUGGACCGAAUCAAUGGUGUCAUGGAAGCCCGGGGCCGCGAUCCCCGGCGCGACGGCAAGGAUACAGUCAUUGGCGUGCUGGACAUCUACGGCUUCGAGGUGUUUCCUGUCAACAGUUUUGAACAGUUCUGCAUCAACUACUGCAAUGAGAAGCUGCAGCAACUUUUCAUCCAGCUCAUCCUGAAGCAGGAGCAGGAGGAGUACGAGCGGGAGGGCAUCGCCUGGCAGAGCGUGGAGUACUUCAACAACGCUACCAUAGUGGACCUGGUCGAGAGGCCGCACCGGGGCAUCCUGGCGGUGUUGGAUGAGGCCUGCAGCGCCGCGGGCACCAUUACCGACAGGAUCUUCCUGCAGACCCUGGACACGCACCACCGCCAUCACCCUCACUAUGCCAGCCGCCAGCUCUGCCCCACAGACAAGACCAUGCAGUUUGGCCGAGACUUCCGGAUCAAGCACUACGCGGGGGAUGUCACGUACUCAGUGGAGGGCUUCAUCGACAAAAACAGAGACUCACUCUUCCAAGACUUCAAGAGGCUGCUCUACAACAGCACAGACCCCACCCUGCGGGCCAUGUGGCCAGAUGGGCAGCAGGACAUCACAGAGGUGACCAAGCGCCCCCUGACAGCUGGCACACUCUUCAAGAACUCCAUGGUGGCCCUGGUGGAAAACCUGGCCUCCAAGGAGCCCUUCUAUGUCCGCUGCAUCAAGCCCAAUGAGGACAAGGUGGCCGCAAAGUUAGAUGAGGGCCACUGUCGCCACCAGGUUGUCUACCUGGGGCUGCUGGAGAACGUGAGGGUCCGCAGGGCUGGCUUCGCUUCUCGCCAGCCCUACUCUCGGUUCCUGCUCAGGUACAAGAUGACCUGUGAGUACACAUGGCCCAAUCACCUGCUGGGCUCUGAUAAGGCCGCCGUGAGCGCCCUCCUGGAGCAGCAUGGGCUGCAGGGUGAUGUGGCCUUUGGCCACAGCAAGCUCUUCAUCCGCUCACCCCAGACGCUGGUCACACUGGAGCAGAGCCGCACACGCCUCAUCCCCAUCAUCGUGCUACUGCUGCAGAAGGCAUGGCGGGGCACACUGGCCAGGUGGCACUGCCGGCAGCUGCGAGCUAUCUACACCAUCAUGCGCUGGUUCCGGAGACACAAGGUGUGCGCUCACCUGGCCGAGCUUCAGAGGCGAUUCCAGGCUGCAAGGCAGCCCCCACUCUAUGGCCGAGACCUCAUCUGGCCACUGCCACCUGUAGUGCUGCAGCCCUUCCAGGACACCUGCCGUGCACUCUUCUGCAGGUGGCGGGCCUGGCAGCUGGUGAAGAACAUACCCCCUUCAGACAUGGCCCAGAUCAAAGCCAAGGUAGCUGCCAUGGGGGUCCUGCAGGAGCUGCGGCCAGACUGGGGCUGCCAUCGGGCCUGGACCCAGGACUACCUGUCCUCUGCCACGGACAAUCCCGCAGCCUCGGACCUGUUUGCUCAGCGACUGAAGAUGCUCCGGGACAAGGACGGUUUUGGGGCCGUGCUCUUCUCCAGCCACGUGCGAAAGGUUAACCGCUUCAACAAGAGCCGGGACAGGGCGCUCCUGCUCACGGACAGGCACCUCUACAAGCUGGAGCCCGCCCGGCAAUACCGGGUGAUGCGGGCCGUUCCCCUGCACGCGGUGACCGGGCUGAGUGUGACCAGCGGGCGGGACCAGCUGGUGGUACUACACGCGCGGGGCCAGGACGACCUGGUGGUGUGUCUGCACCGCUCGCGGCCGCCGCUGGACAACCGCGUGGGCGAGUUGGUGGGCGUGCUGGCCGUGCACUGCCAGGAGGCGGGACAGGCCCUGGAGGUCCGCGUCUCCGACUGCAUCCCCCUGAGCCAGCGCGGGGUCCGGCGCCUUGUCUCCGUGGAGCCGCGGCUGCAGCAGCCGGAGCCGGAUUUCUGCUGCAGCCGCGGGGCCUUCACCCUCCUCUGGCCGAGCCCCUGACUCGGACGCCUCACCGGGACUGAAGGUCCAGGGGUCCUCCUCCCUCACCUCGCGGAGGGCUGCCUGAGCGCUAAACAAUAAAGGAUGCUGUGUAGGC